AUGUCACGCACACCUCCCCCAGAGGAUCCUCACGAGGAAGAAGAUCAACCAAGAAGAGGAGGAAGAGCCAGGAAAAAGGUGGAGAAGUUUGAAGCUACCUCUGCACCAACUACGAAAAAAGGCAAGAGAAAGCAAACUCAGGAAGAUGUUGACGAAGAUGAAAAUAUGGAAGAUCCUGAUUCCGAUCUGACGGAGGAAGAAGAUGAAGAGGGGGAUGCAGAUCCCGCACCGAAAAAAGGGAAGAAAAGGAAAUCUGUCGGCGCUGCGGGAAGUGCCAAAAAGACCAAAGCCGUCAAUGGAAGUGGCAAGAAGAGGGGAAGGAAGUCCACCGGCGGUGCUGGUGUUGGUGCAAAUGGAGAAGACGGCGUGAAGAAUGAGUCACCCUUGUUCAACGCCCUCCUUUCCCCUGAUAUUGCCCUUCAACCCCUGAUCGACGAAUGGGUAGAAACCUACCAACAAGCUGCUGGUGAUGAGGUAUCCGAACAAGUAUCGAUACAUGAACUUAUCACUCUAUUUAUCAGAUGUUGUGGGAUAAAUCUGGAUAUCGAACAAGCUGAAGCUACGGAUGAAGAUGGUAUAACGGAUGCGGUAGAGAGAAUUCAGGAUGAAAGUGUCAGGGUCGCCGCAGCAGCAUACCCCUUGAUAUCUCGAGGAAAACAAUUCAACGCUUUCCGUAAAAACUUGGAUUACUUCUUAUACAACUUGAUCGAAUCACUCUCACUCACACCCAUAUUGUUCCAAGAAGCUACCGAAGAAUCAGAUCAUGUCAAUGUAUUGUUAUCUUUGAUACUCAACUGGUUGAACUGUAUGUCGACUUCACCAUUACGACCUAUUAGACAUACAUCAACAUAUAUGCUGUUAAAGAUCAAUUCAUCCAUGUGCGAUGUCGCUUCUUCCGUUGGUAAAGAUCUGAGUCUGAAGCAAAGACAGAAGGAAGCAGAAAUCAAGAAAGGCGGUACCUCCAAUGCAGCGCAGAAGAGAUUGAAGGAAUUGGAAGAGAAAGUGACGGAGGUUCAGAAGAGGAAAGAAAGAUUACAUGAUAUGUUCCAAGAGAUCUUUGAUGUAAUGUUCGUCCAUCGAGUCAGAGAUGCCGAUCCUCACAUUAGAUCUGAUUGUGUUAGGGAACUUGGUGUAUGGACAAAGAAGUAUCCUGAUUACUAUGUCUCCACCUCUUACCUCACUUACUUCACAAAAGGAUGUAACGAUCCUUUUGCUCACGCUCGACUUGAAACCGUCAAGGCACUUUCUAAUCUUUACUCCAAGGAGUCAUUCAUGAACAAUGCUCGCACUGUUACUCUACGACUCGUUCCCCGACUGAUCGAAAUGGCCUUGAGAGAUGUCGAUCUUCACGCCAGAGUCACUGCUAUCCACGUGAUCGCCCUGAUCGACAAGACUGGUAUCUUAGCGGAUGAAGAUGAAUCUCACAGAGACAAAGUCGCGAGAUUAGUAUACGAUCAAGAUCCGAGAAUACGUAAAGCUGUUGGAGGAUUUAUAGUCAAUUUAUGGGAAGAGAACAAGGAGAACCUGAAGACUGAAUGGUCAGGUGCCAGAGCAGCUAAAAAGAAGAGGGCGAACAAGAUCUCUGAAGAUGAUAUGGCCACUAACCUAGAUUGGAAAUCGCUCGCUACUCUUUUGAUCGAUACUUCGAAUUCACUUGAUGGUCUGAUUGAACCCAUUGCCUCUUCAUCGAGCCAACAACCGAUCUUACCUAUCUCGAUCACUACGCCUCUCACUCGUGCUAAUGCAGCUGUAGAGUCCAUUUGUUCGGAAUAUGAGCUAUGGAGAGAUUGGCAAAGUCUCGUCGAUUAUCUACUUCUGGAUCAUUCGACGGCAGAUCAAGAUAUGUGGUUGCUCACUGAGGAUGAGGAGACUUUCAUGCUUCAGCUCCUGAUAGCUUUGAUUCAAAGGGAAGAUCAGGACGAAGAGGAAGAAGAUCGAUCUAAGAAGCUCAUGCAAAUCUUGCCUAGAUUAUUCGCUAAACAUCAAACGGAUGUCGGUAGAAUUGGAGGUAUCUUAUCUGUGCUCAGUUAUAUCAACUUGGGACUGUACCUUGACUUGAGACAGACUAAGGCCUACGAGACGCUUUGGGAUGAUGUCACCAAGCAAUUCCUCCAUCAUACCGAUCCAUCGGUCCUUGAAUCCGCUAUUAAAGCUGUCAACCAUCUCACCACCAACGCACCGAUGGCUACUUCAAAUACCACCAAGCUAAAUGAAUUGCAAGAGUCUCUAUUCGCAUCGCUAAGGGAUGAGAUCGGCUCCGAUGAUGUAGCUUUACUUUCACUAGAGGAAGAAGGUAUCGCGAAAUUAGAAGCUAUCUUAUUGAGAAUUCUUCUCUUGGAGAAAAGUCGAGAUAUCACUGAGGUGAUGGAAGAUGAAGAAGGUCAGAGUAGCGGAUGGGAUAUUAUUUGCGCUUUUGCUGAGAGAGGUAGACUGGGUUACAAAGAAGAAGCCAAGAUGAUCGACUAUGCCGUUCAAAUCGUUCUCUACCACAUGACAUGGGUGUUCCGUCGAUUCACCGAAGAAGAUGCGCAAGACGACGAUAAAAUCGCUGCUCUCAGUAUGAAGAGGGAUAAAGCAGUAGAGAUCUUCCAAGAGUUGACUCUUGGUGAUAACACCAAUACGGUUGAUACGGUCAGACGUCAAGCCUUUAUCGCAUAUCUUACUCUCCACUUGUUAUUCUUGUACAAGGGCUCGAAGGAUAACCUAGCCACACCAGCUGCUAAAUCAUGUCCUCUGACGAUCGAAGAUGAAACACAACAUCGAUUGGGAGGAGCGUUCCUAGCUGCCGUGGAGAAAUGUGUAUCUGAUAGAGAGGCUCAUACGGAUACCGACAUAAAUGCUGAGGGUGAGUCAGUCCGCGAAGAUCUUUCCUUCUUACAGCUCACUUCUACCUUGGUAGCUGCAAUCAGAAAGGGUGUAUUAGAAGUUGAACAUGCCAAAGAGCCUUUGGCUCAUGUCGGUCGACUCGGUCAGACUUAUGAUGCUAUUGUGAAGAAACUGGUGGAUGCCUUGAGAGAUGAAGGGAUUUAUAACAAGGAGAGUGAGACGGUGCAGCAUGUUGCUGGAAGUGCUCUACAGCAGUCUUUCAACCUCUUCCUUGAUUCUGAUUCCCAGGAACCUACUGCUCCUCUCACUCUCGCUAGGAUGAUCGCUUCCGCAUUCACCAUCCACGGCAAUCACUUCACGGUCUUGCAGCAACUCCAUCCGUCCGAUGUGUGCGAUUUCCACCUCGAAGCGUUGGAUUAUAUCUCUCGACGAAUUUCAAAUUACGUCAAACAGGAAAUAGCAGCCAAGAACCGUGAACAGAAAUCCCGAUUGCAAAUCAAACGAUUUAGCGCUAUAACAUUUUUCAAAGUCCUCAUACAGCUCCUUUCGCCGAUCACUCCAACUGAUGCGUUGAAGAUCAAGGCACAUCUGGAUGAUGCGAUCUCAAGUGUAGGAGUUGAAGUCACUGUUCAUAAAGGGUGGGAACCUUAUAGGGCAUAUGAGAAGAAAUUGAUCAGUAUAGCCAGUAAGGAUCCGAAUGUCAAGGUUGCUGCGAAUAAGAAAGUUCAACAAGCUCAACAGGCCGAGGAAGAUACAGAAAGAGAAGUGGAUGAAGAGGAAGAAGAGGAUCAGGAGGAUAAUGUUACCCCAACAAAGAAAGGAAGGAAUAGAUCGAAUACUUUGAUCAAUGGGAAUGGUAACGGGAACAAUAACAGAUCAAGUCCUUUGUCACCACCACCUGAAUCUGAACAAGCUCCUACUACACCAAGUAGUAAGAGUAGGAAAAGAGCAAGGGAAGCAUCACCUAUGAAUGUCGAUGAUGAAGAAUUGAAUUUAUCGCCCCCACCCCAACCUGCGGACGAAUCAAUGCAAUUGGAACUAGGAGAAGAGAAUGUUGAUAACGAUUCGGACCAUGAAUUGACAUUGGAGGGUAUCGGACCAUCGCAGAAUGAGAGAGAACGAUCGGCGAGUGCAGAACCGAGUCUUAAGAGACGAAGGACUGUGGUGAGGUAUUGA